AUGCCCUCCCCUCCCCUCCCUGUCGAGAUAUGGGAUACCAUAAUCGACGUCCUCGGCGCCGAAUACGAAUACGAAUCGGUCGCUGUCUGCGCACGGGUCUGCACGCAGUGGCUCCCCCGGAGCCGUCUCAACAUCUGGCGCGAGCUGUACCUGAGCACCAUGGACCAGCUCGCCUCGGUCCACCACGCCCUCGAACGCACCCCUCAGCUCCGCGGGCUCGUCCACUCAGUGCACCUCCAUCUGUUGCCCGCCCCCGGCGGACGGCAAGACCCCGCUCUGUUCAACAGCGCGCCGGUGGUUCUCCUGCCGUACCUCACGGGUGUAGAAGUCUGGCGAUUCGAGGCAUUCAGAGCCAAGUCCGGUGUGCCCGGUUUUCGAUCCUUCUCGCGCUUUUCUAUGGCCUGCUUCAGGCGAUACCCGUCCAUAAAGACUUUGGAACUCAAUAACGUGCUCCGGUUGGCCUCCGUCAGGUGCGAACGUGAUGCAGAGGAGCUCGCCCUGUUGAGCUCACGCAGGAGCAUCGCGUCCCUCCAGGAGCUCAAGAUGGGAGAUCUACUUGUUCUCUCCCCCUCAGGAGUGUGGGCCGUAAGCGUUGGCGGAUGCAACUCCCCCAGCUGGAUCUUCGACUUAAUUAUCUGGAACACCGAGUCAGAAAAGCCGGUACUCGAGCAGUGGUACGGUGUUGUCGGUGUUAAGAUGUUCUCGAUCUCGUUCGCACCUACGGAGGCGCUGUGUGCGUGCACGAGCCCUUUCGGCGGAGUAGAUAUCUUCAGGCUCCUUUCACGAAGUGAGGUGGCGGAGGGACAAAGGGUGCGCAAGGUCGGUUGCAUCAAGGUUGGUGACCACCACCACCACGUCGAUCACACCUGGCGGCCAGAUGGAACGCAGCUGGUGAUGUUGACGAGGUUCGGGAGCCUCGAGGUCUGGGACGCAGUCACUCUUACCCUCGUCCAGUCAUUUCCCAGUCCGAGCCACAUCUUACCGAUCCGCAUCAACAAUGACCCCACGUACGACCCGUCGUUCAUCCGGAUCUCCAACGACGGCCGCCUCGUCCUGCGCGUCUGCACGUGUACUUCGAAGGCUGGCACACGACAUCGGUGCAUUCUCGUCCACGACCUCGUCACCGGGAUCUGCCAUUCUCCAUUCCCCUCCCCGGACGCCCCCACCCCGCUCUGCUUCGAACCCGUCACCGAAGCCGUCCUGCGGAGAGACCCGACUCGUCCACACAUUCAUCAAGCCGUGGUCCUUCCGGACGACUCCCCCGUCAUCAUGCUCGCCGACGCCACGACCGACUCUUCCCUCGAAGGCCCGGGGCCCGCUCUUUCAUUGACCCUCGACGUCGAGCCGACACGAUCGAGCCGCGGGCUUCUCUUCCAUGUCUCUGCUCACGGCCAUCGCGUCCUCCAUACGCACGGCACCGUAGUCAGCACGACGUACUCGGUGUUCGACGUCGGGACCGGGCAGACGGUCGCCUCCGUCUCGUUCAAAAACGCCCUCCAGGGCAACCACCACGGGGUGCUGUCCCCGGACGGCAAACAUGGGGUGUUGCUGGCGUUGUCUCACGGGAGGCACAGGAUGUGGCUGUGGCACGUCGAUGAAGGGACUCUGCAUCGGAUCCAGGGCACGAAGGGCCACCGGGGGUGGACUGUGGCUUCGUUCUCCGGGGAUGGCGCGACGCUGGGACUGGGAUAUUCUGACGGGACUGUUUCGUUCCAUAACGUUCAGGACGUGGUUCGCGGACAGGUCUAG